CCAUAUUAGUCUAUAAAUAAUAUAUUAUUAUUAUUAUAACUUCAUAAAACUUGCACUUUUUUUCUUCUAUUUUGUUUGCAUUAUUUGAAAGAAAUUGCCUCAAUUCUUAUUCUAUUUUUAUCAAUCAUCUUGACAAAACAUUCAUAGGAUUUACUAAAUCCUUGUCCAUUUCUAAAGGGUGAGAAGAAGAAUGUGUCAAAAUAACUACCAUUAUCAUCCUCGUCACGAUCACUCUCAACCUUGUUUGCAUUGUAACCCACAUAGCUACAUUAGGAUGGUUCAACAUAUGAUAGAAAGGUGCUUGCUUCUUCAAAUGGACCGUGAGCAGUGUAUCAAGGCUUUAGCAGAACAUGCAAAAAUCAAGCCAAUAAUCACACUUACAGUGUGGAGGGAGCUUUUGAAAGAAAACAGGGAUUUUUUCCAAACAUAUUUCCAUGGCGUCUCCCCAACUCCGCUUAUAAACAUGUUCAAGCAUCACCAAGACUCACAAGAAGGCGAUACUGGAGGUGACCACAUAAAAAAAAAUUAGGUUUGUUGUACGUAGCGUGCUAGCUAUAUAUAGCUAGCUAGAUAUAUACUCCGUACAUACGUAGUACUACUAGUACUAGUUUGAUACAAUUCGAUAGACAUUAUGUAUAAGCUCUAUGAUCUUAAUUAGCUUGUUGAUCGAUGAGUUAAUUGUACCUAAUUAAUGAUCGAUUCGUAUAGUUGAAUCGCCUUAAUGAUCGUUUUAGACAUAACACUACAAGAA